UAUUAUUAUGAAAGCAAUACUGUCUCUUUUAAUAGGUGUAGCAAUAGUAACGUAUACAACGCACAAUAUGCUCGAAGGUGCAGAGCCUUGGGCACCCAAGUUGCUUGACGUCUGUUUUAAUCCUGCCAACAAAGAUCUUCUCGGUAAAGAUCGCGUUGUUUAUACCGGUAUCUUUUCCUUCUUGGACCGUACUAUCUGCUUCUUCAACAAUUUUAGUCAAAGCGCUCUUCAUGAUAUUCUCGGUGCACCUUUUAUGCGUCUAAUGAUCGGCGCAUUCGGUACUGCGUAUAGUUUAAUGGCCUUUGAAGGAUCAAGACGAGGUUUUAAAACCACCUUAUUGAUAGCUUAUCCUAUCUUUGGCUUAUUGGCUAAUUUGUUUGGUGUUUAUGCCGUUUUUAUUGUUGUAUGGAUCCCUUUGAGCUUGUACUAUAGAGAAAAAUCGCCAAAAGAAAACAACAUCUGGACAAUUACUUUGCCCGAGGCUUAUGGUGCUCUUCUUGCUAUCGUGUUAGGCUACUUUGUCCCAGGCGCUGUCAUUGCUUCCCCUCUGGUUGAACACAACUCUAGAUUGGAGCAAGAGCUACUUGCUAUUUGGUUGGUUUUACCUGUCAUUCUUGCACCCAUGAUUCCCUUUUGUGGAACUAUAUUCAAGAAAUUAGGCUCACCUGUGAAUAAUGUUGCCGACCCUAUCUUGAGAGAACGCUUGUAUGCAGCAGAAGGCAAGGAUGCCUUGGAGCGGUCCUACUUGUUUUUGGGUGUAACAAACAUGCUUUUGUAUUUCGGUACCUAUCUUACCAUUGCUCAUCAAGGUAUUCGUAUUUGGGACUCAAUCUUAAUGCUUUUAAAUGCACCUGGAAGUUUACCUGCAGGUGUACCCUUUGAAGAUUUAGGCAAAUUGUUGGCAACUCGUACUGUGUUGGUUGAUUUGAUUGUCUUGUCCAUUGGGUUCGUAUUAUGGGCUAUCUUCCAAAGUGGAUUUAUGGUAGGUAUGGUUGUUGCUUUGAUCACUCCUCUUGUGGGCCCUGCAGCUGCUGUUUCCUUUUAUGCUUAUUACAGAGAAGGAACAUUGGAAAACCCCACAACAACAUUAGAUCAAGCUGUAAAGGAAGCCAUUGCUGAAGGCGAAAAGAAAUAAUAAUAAAAAGC